UCGUCGAAGGGAAGCGCGUGGAUUUGUUUGCUUCCUUGGCGGUGGAGAUCUUCUCGGGACUCCUCGCGACUCCCGUCAGGCCGCUCGGUUUGUGGUGGGAAUUGAUAUCGUUGAGGGUCUGUACUGAACGAGGGAAGGCCUCAACAUGUCGGACAACGAGGAUAAUUUUGAUGGAGAUGAUUUUGAUGAUGUGGAAGAAGAUGAAGGACUUGAUGAUCUAGAAAAUGUUGAGGAGGAGGGUCAGGAAAAUGUGGAAAUCUUGCCAUCUGGAGAGCGACAACAAGCAAAUCAGAAGCGGAUCACUACUCCUUACAUGACCAAAUAUGAGAGGGCCAGAGUUCUUGGUACCCGUGCCCUACAGAUAGCGAUGUGUGCCCCAGUAAUGGUAGAGCUUGAAGGAGAAAGAGAUCCCUUGCUGAUUGCGAUGAAAGAACUGAAAGCUCGGAAGAUUCCUAUUAUUAUCCGCAGGUACCUGCCAGAUGGAAGUUAUGAAGACUGGGGUGUAGAUGAACUAAUUAUCACAGAUUAAAUCUCUUCCAUGCGCCAACUCCAACUUUUAUGGAAAUAUAUAUAUUGUGUAAAUAAAUACCAAAUCCCCCUAUAAGUGUCUUGGAUGUUUCCUUUUUACAUAAAAUAAUGCUAAAGAAAACCAGCAGUCUGCCAGUCUUGUUCUCUUUCUUUCUCUCUUUUUAGUGCUUUUAUAGCUCAGCCUUCCAUUGUCUUAAAGACCCAUUAGGUUUAAUUCUGUUGUUGUUUUUGCCGAGCCAAGCAAGGUAUUAGAAUAGAAUAGAAUAGAAUAGAAUAGAAUAGAAUAGAAUAGAAUAGAAUAGAAUAGAAUAGAAUAGAAUAGAAUUUUUAUUGGCCAAGUGUGAUUGGACACACAAGGAAAUUGUCUUGGUGCAUAUGCUCUCAGUGUACAUAAAAGAAAAGAUACGUUCAUCAAGGUACAACAUUUACAACACAAUUGAUGGUCAAUAUAUCAAUAUAAAUCAUAAGGAUUGCCAGCAACAAGUUAUAGUCAUACAGUCAUAAGUGGAAAGAGAUUGGUGAUGGGAAUAUUUGCUGCCUUUCAAAUGCUAUAAAUGCAAACUAGAAAGGUGGCGAAGGAGAAGCUUCCUCAGUGUUGUAUCUAAUCAUCAUGUUAUGCGCAAGUGAUUUUAAAGUGAUCCUGCAGCUGCCAAACUUCCAGAUGCCCUUUAAAGACAACUGAAAGACCCCUUUGCCUUCAACCUACGCUUUUUUCCAGGGGCCUGUAGUAGAGGAGGCAUUUCUGUUGCUUGCUACCAAACAGACAUGCCUUUGUGCCCAGGAACAAGUUGCCUUGGAAACCCCCAAUUUCCCCUCUGAUCAAGGCUGGCUCUCUAGGCUUCUCAGGAGUAUCACAGAGCAACUCUCAUCAAAUCUUCCAUUGUUCCUUUUCCUGGCCUGACUUCUUAUCAAUCAACAGGAUCCCCUUACAGUGGGCUGUUCUACAGCAAAAAAGCAUAGUUGCCUUGAUGAGCUAUCUAGCGAGAGUCAGCUUGACAUCUGUAAUCUAUGCUUUAUGGUACCUAUGCCUCAGUACAUUUCUUUCCCACCCUAUCUGGCAUAGCCUGACUAAGUGCAUGCUCAUAUUGUGAAGAACGACACGAUCCCUAAAAUGUGAGGAAAAUAACUUUUAAACUUGCAUAAAUAAACUUAUUGCAAAAUAAACCUCCAAAUCCACUGUGUGGCAAAAGAGUAUUUUAAAAGUACUUUUGCAAUGAGAAAAAUUUAUGCUUCUAAAGAAAUCUUUACUUUCUGUAACAAACUUUUGAGGGGAGCUUUUUAGAACAAAUCUAUUGUCAGCAUUGUUUCUUUAAAAAAAUCAGGAUAUUUUAACAUAAUCUACAAAGGCUUUGUAAAUAUGAUUUCUGUAAGGUUCCAACCCCCAGUCCAAGUAUAAGUCCAUGGUCCAUUGGGAACUGAGUGAUGGGUGAGCAGGCAGAGCUCCGUUUUGUGUUAAGCAGUGGGCACACACGCAAAACCAUUCCCUUCCGCACCCUGCUGAUGCUGCCAGUCAGCAGAGCCGGAAGAGUUGGGGACCACUGCUAUAAGUUAAAUGCGUGUAAUGUAUGUUGACCAAAAAGGUUUGCUUAAGAUGCAGAUUGCCUUGCUUUUGGCUCUUGAUGCAAACUUAAUGCAUACUUUCUUAGAUGUAAUUUCUUUGAAUGCCACUUCUUUUUAAAAAUAAAACACUUGUUUUUUGUAUGUAACAUUCAAUCCUGUACCUUUGUUUCAGAUGUGGAGUUUGGGGGGAGAAACUAAAGCUAACCAGACUCUGAAGAAAGAUUCCUGCUGGAAUAGCCAGAUGUGUUCCUACUGUGGCAAAAUUCUUUUAUAAUUCUACUUUAUGCCCAGGAGUUACUACUAGAAGGGCACAUCAGACUUGUCCCAGAUCUGAGAUGUUUUUCCAGGGAGCUUGUGAAAUUAGGGCAAAGGCUGUAGACAGUCUUAGGGCUUCAAGUUACUUAUUCUUCCCUCCCCCCAUUUUGUUUAUACACAAACACAUAUAUGCAAAUUAAAUUUAUAUUUUGAAAUAGUUUUUUAAGGGAGUAGUUUCAGAAAUAAUGUGACACGGAAGUUAACAGAGUGCAACAACUGUCAACAGACAAAGGCACUGAAACCACAAGGAAUGUGUUGCGUGCUCACGGCAACUAUGCCAAUCAUAGGUUAAUUUGCAGAGUUAUAACUUACAAAUCUCCUUGGCCUCUCCACUCCCUCUGGCGUUUAAUCACGUUUGUGUGAUGAAAUUUCAGUAAUGAAAUGUGUCUUUGUGUGAUCGUUUUGGCAUCCACAAUGGAGCGCAGGAGUUGUUUUCCUGGUCCUCUUUUUCAAAAAAAAAAAAAAGCUGCUUUGUUUUAAUACUCUCCCUUCCCAUCCCCCUUCCUCAAGCCUUGCAUCUACAUCAGAUACAAUUAAAAGGAUAGCAAAAGGCUUUAGGCCAGCUCCCACCAGACUGGCCGGGGAAUGUGCAGUCCCUUUGUGUCCAGCAUGGAAGCUGGUAAAUGCUGGAUCCUACUUUUGUUCUUAAGACAGAAACGGGGCAAUUGGCAUCAACGCCUGCAUUUUAUUGGCUAAGAAAGCCCAUCACCUCUUCUUAAUCAGCUUUCCUUCUGAGGAUGUGCAUAGGAAGCACUUGAAGUAAGCUGGAAAGAUUUACUUUUGUCCCUUGUAUGUGGUUUCUUUAGCUGUGGCAAACUCCCUAUUGGCAAUAGGUCAUAUAUUUCCAGUUUUAACCGUGCUUCCCUAGAGCUAUGACAAAAGUUCUUUUGGCUAUCCCUCCCAACUUUGCCAGUGAGUUUUCUCAUUAGCUUUUUCUUUAUUUUCAAUGAGCUUCCUCCAAAUAGGGCAUCCUCCGGAUGUGUGAACUCCCAAUUCAGAAUUUUCAACUAAGGCUAUGCCAGCUGAGCAAUUUUGGAUGCUGACACACCUACUUUGGGGAGGACACAAGGGUGAAAAAGACAUCUUUGCCUUUACUUGAAUAUCCAAAAGGCAGCUGUUUUAUUUUGCAUCAAAACCCAGAACUCUGGUAGGGUGGUUGUUGUUUUUUCUAAAGGAAAUUUGUAAAACGAGAGAAGGCUUUUUGAGUGGUGGUACCCCCUCUUUGGACUACUGCCUCCAUAAUUUUCAACUUGUGCAAAUGCUGGGAUCAUUUCUCCUUCAUGUAUAAACUUCAUGUAUAAAGUUUAUGUAUAAACUUCAUGUAUAAACUUCAUGUAUAAAGUUUAGCUCACAGAAUCAUCUAUUGUAAUGUCCUUCCUGUCAAAGACUACUUCAGCUUUAAUUGCAAUAAUACAAGGGCAACAAAUAGAUUUAAACUUAAUGUAAACCGCUUUAAUCUAGAUUGCAGAAAAUACGACUUCUGCAACAGAAUCAUCAGUGCUUGGAAUACUUUACCUGACUCUGUGGUCUCUUCCCAUAAUCCUAACAGCUUUAACCAAAAACUUUCUACUAUUGACCUCACCCCAUUCCUAAGAGGACCAUAAGGGGCGUGCAUAAGCGCACAAACGUGCCUACCGUUCCUGUCCUAUUGUUUUUCUUUUCUUCUUCCUAUAUAUGUUUAUAUGUGUAUAUACUAUAUAAUCUUUUUGUAUGAUGUUGUGACAAAAUAAAUAAAUAAAUAAAUAAAUAAAAUAAACUUACUGUUUA